AUGGCAGGUCCGGACCAGACGCAACCUCAGAAUGAGGUCCAGGUGAGCGACAAUAAAAAUGCCGUCGAGCAUCUUGAGUCGGGCUCUGCUCCCCAAGGCCGUAGCAAAGUUACUUUCAGGGACUUCUGGGAGAACCGGAGAGUUUUGCUCUUCUGUCUCUACAUCUACCUUUUGCCCGUCAACUUUGGAUACGAAAUCACCACCCUCGGCAAGCUCAUGGCCGUCGUUCCUUUCCUCGACCGCUUCGGACGCGAGGUUGACGGUGCGAAGGUCCUUUUAGCCCGUGACCAGCAGAUCCUCAACUCUGCCAACACCAUCGGCCUCUUUGUUUCUGCUUUUGUUACAGGCUGGAUCUCGGACUUCAUCGGCCGCAAGAAGACUAUUUUCCUCGGCUGUUUCCUGUGUGUUGGCGGCAUUGUCUUCCAGUACCAUGCUGGGAGCAUCAUGCAACUUUACGGAGGCAAGAUCACUGCCACCUUUGGACUAGGUCUGGGACACUCCCUUGGCCCUGUUUUCGUUGCUGAGCUUGCUCCCGUCAAGGUGAGGGGUAUCUGCCUCACGCUUGUAAACACGAUGAUUGUCCUAGGCCAGUGGCUCAACGCGCUUUGCAUCUAUGGUUCCGAAACCCUCGACGGCGACAUGCAGUGGAGGAUACCCCUCAUCACUCAGGUCGUGCCCCCUAGCCUACUCCUCUUCGGCAUUUUCUUCCUUCCUGAGUCUCCGUCCUGGCUCAUGAUCAAAGGCAGGGAAGAAGAGGCCAGGAAAGCCUUUAGGCGAUUCAACGGCCCCAACUUUGACGUCGAUAACGCCGUUGCUACCACCAAGGCUGCUGUUCAGGCAGAGGCUGAGCUCGCUCAGGUCAAGUCUUCGUGGCUUCAGUGCUUCAGGGGACCCGAUGGCCGACGAACCCUCAUUGUGUGCAUGGUCUACGUCGCUCAGCAGGCCGUCGGUGUCAACUUUGUCUCGGGUUAUCUUACUUACUACUUCCGUCUUGCUGGUGUCAAGAACCCGCUCGCAAUUGGCCAGGCUGCAUUCGCCAUCCAGCUCGUCGGGAACAUCUGCUCCUGGCCUCUUGUCGACCGCAUUGGCCGGCGCCCCAUCAUCGUCGGUGGCUGCAUCGUCAUGACCUGCGGUCUGCUUCUCAUCGGCGGCCUCGGCACUCUUCACUCGCAACCCGCGCUCUCCGCCGUGGUUGCGUUCAUGACUCUUUGGGGAUUCCUCUACCAAAUGACGCUUGGCGCUGUCGCCUACGCUGUUGGCGGUGAAACCCCCAGCCCCACUCUUCGCCAGAAGACCUACUCCAUCAACAUCAUGGUUGCCACCGCCGCUUCGUGCUUGGUGCUUCAGGUCAUGCCCUACCUCAUCAACACCGACCAGCUCAACCUCGGUGCCAAGAUUUGCUUCAUCUUCUUCGCCUUCUCUGUGCCCAUGUGUGUUUACCUCUACUUCUGCCUUCCGGAGCUUAAGGGCCGCACCUACUUAGAGAUCCAGGAGAUGUUCCAAGAGCGCGUUCCUGCCCGAAAGUUUAAGACCUACCAGUGCCAGGGCAUCGCCUCCGUUCAGGAGAAGCUCUAA